AUGGGCAGCAUGGCAAAAAGUGGGAUUAUUGGCAUGGUGCCUGGGCAUCACCUGGAAAGCACAAGGGCAGUCAAGCCCCUUUUCCUGCAUACGAUGCCAAAGAUCGCCACAAAGACCACUGGGACUACAGCGACAGGGCGGCUCCGGCAGAGGCACCGGAACAGACCUUUUUCCCAAGUGCUGCAGACGACUCUCAAUGGGACGAGAAAAGCGGAGCAGAAGGUCUAUACCUUGCAAAGUCAGUUGGAGGAACGCAAGAAGCAGUGGACAGAGUACUUGGACAAGAUGCACAAGGGCUGGGUUCGCGAAAAGAACCGCUACGAGAAGGAGGUUCUUCGCCUGCAAGGCGAGCUGCAGAAAGCGGUUCAGAACCAAGACGCGGCCAGACACACCUUGACACAAGUCGCUCAUGGUCACGCCCCACCGACGGAGGAACCGGCCGAGGAUGGAUGGGAUGCCAUGAUGAUGGAAUGGGAGGCCGAGCACGAAGCACAUGGGCCGGCCUCAGUCCUACAGCGUGCUCUGGCAGCGACCCAUCAGACAGGACCGCCACAAGCAGAGGUAGCGGCCUUUCUGGUGGCAACGACGGCGCAUGAGCUCGUUUGCAGGGCGCGAGACUCAGAGCCACCACCUGGUAUGGGAACAGCCAAUGCAGAAGCACCACCAGGCCUUCAGCAGUCAAAUGCAGAUGUGACGAUGGCUUACGGGCCGGUUCCAAAUGCAGUUCCAGGGCCCAUGCCAACUGCAGCUAUGUCCCCGCAUACCCGAGUUAUGCACCAUGCAGGCCACUCAGGACUGGCGACGCGGGCCCCAGUCAAGUCGAGGACGUCUCCAUAUCCGAUCAAAUCGUCAGGGCCCACUCUCGAAACCAAGCUGGAUGCUGCCCGUGCUGCAGCGCUUCAGGAAGCAGCAGCCGCCACCCAGGCGGAGGCACGGCCUCCUGGACAAGAUGCUCAGCCCAGCGGCCCCACGGGUACAGGAAAUGGUCCUGGAGAGAAGGCACACUUUGUGGAGGACGACGACGACCCUGCACCAGACAAGGACCAUCCGGCUUCCCCCGGACUGGCAAGGCUGGAGUGA